GGCUGGCUGGUUGGUUUCUCAUCGCCUGCCUGAAUGGUUUUGUUGGUAGAUAGUUUGGUGGAUACGCGUUGGCCGGAUGAAUGGUGGUUGCCUACUCGUCUUCACCCUGUGUUUCCGUGAUUCGGCUUGAGCUUCAAACGAAAGGGAAUUUCUUCAGUUGCGGAAUUGUCAGUUGCUCGCCGAUUCUGAAAGUAAGAGGAUCCCUUUGAGCCAUCUCAUUGGAUUAGGCUUGGGUUGUUUUGGAGUGCGGAUCAGGUUCCUGGAAAUAGGCCGGUGAAUGGAAACUUGACUGUUCUAUGUACCCUUUCCCAUGAGUCACGAGCAUCAAACGUUACCAGAAACAUCAAUUGGUCUGCCAACCGUUGGGUGAUUUCUAGUGAACCUCAUUUUUGUUUCUGAAGACAAGAGUUCAUCAUUCAGUCAUUAAUUCAACCGAUCAGUCAACUCUAUCAAUUACGUUCCUUCCUAAGAGCUCAUCUUAAACGAACGAAGUGUUGCUCGUGACUAUCUCACUUGUAGCGGUUUGAAGACCAGCAUGUGGAGUGUUUCUGCCGUUCUUCGAGGAGUGCAACAACGAUAACAACAAUUGAGAUGACUAAGAACAUCGUUUUGGGCUCUCCGAAGAUGAUGUCCUCGAGAACUCUCAAAUCGGCACAAAUCCGGGCUGUUCAGUCUCGCACCAUGGCAUUGGAAACCAGCGAAAAUAAUCUCUCCCUCUCGCCCUCUUCGAAUCUCAUUAAAACCAUUACUAUUACCACUGGUAACACCAACAAUAUUGCUACUGCCACUACUUCGUCCCUUAUUCCUUCAACCACCUCAGCGGGCUGCUCAUCUGUACCUUCGUCAUCAGCACCAUCAUUAUCAUCACCACUGUCCUCCGCCCCUCCACUCCUUCCACCACCGCCAGAAAAACCAAUCCAACGACAUAAAAAUCGGCGAGGGGCACUAACAAUUGGCAGCUCUAAAAUAUCAAUACAUUCAGUGCUCAUCUCAAUCGUUAUGAUUGGUCUCUACUUCCCCGCCCAUCUUCACGCCCAAAACUUGUAUAACAAUAAUAACAACAACAACGCCGAUGGCUCGAACGAAUUGUGGCAAAUCGAGAGGCCCAAGGAUAUGGCUCAAAUAGCGGACCUGGAGGUCAUGUGUGGCAAGCAACACAUGGAGGUCAAACUGACUUUCGAUCGGCCAUUUAACGGGAUCGUUUUCAGCAAGGGUGCAGUGGAUCGCUACGAUUGUAUCUAUGUGAAGCCCCAGACCGGCUUCAACCAGUAUAAGUUCGACAUUAUGUACGAUUCGUGUGGGUCCAAACCCGAUUUGAAUGGCAGAUUCUACGAGAACAACAUCGUCAUCCAAUACGACCAAGACCUCAUCGAGGUUUGGGAUGAGGCCAAGCGAUUGCGGUGCGAGUGGUACAAUGAUUACGAAAAGGGCGUGACCAAACCACCCAUUCGAGUGUCGGAUCUCGAGGUGGUGGAGCUCAACUUCAGAGGCGAUAAUGUGGAUUGCUGGAUGGAGAUCCAACAGGGAAAGGGGCCCUGGGCGAGUCCAGUGGCUGGGAUAGUCCCCUUGGGAACCACGCUGACCAUGGUGGUAGGAAUCGAUGACGUUCAAGGGGAAUUUGACAUGCGAGUGAAAUCCUGCGAAGCCUCAGACGACAAGAACCGGCCCAUUCAGCUCUCUGAUCAGAACGGUUGCGUGCUUCGACCCAAAAUGAUCUCGAAAUUCAUGAAGAUGCGAUCCUCUGAUGCUCGCGCCACUGUGGUUACGUAUGCAUUUUUCCAUGCUUUCAAGUUCCCCGAUUCUAUGGCCGUUCAAAUCCGAUGCAAGGUGGAAAUUUGUCGCUUUGGUUGUCCGGAUCAUUGUCAAAAUCCAGGCAACUACGUGGCAAGAGAGCAAGAGGUCACGAGCUCAAUCAGCAGCUACAAGGAACCCAAAUUGAGUGUUUCCUCUUCGAAUAAACAAGAGACUUACCAAGCUCCCACCGGUCAGGAACAAAGCAAUUACAAACUAAAGCCUCAAGUCACCCCCACUUUCAAUGGAUAUCAACCUAAUCCACGCAAUAACAACAACGGCAACAACAAAAUUAGAUCAAAGUUGUCCCGGCAGUCCGUCGAAAACAGAAGACCUAAGAAGCCUUUGAAACGGAGGAUUACUUCGCCGAGUGAACUUCAAAGAUCAGGCGGAAACUAUUCUCCAAUCCCGCCCAUCCUACCCAUUCCCUCUGCCUUGAAAAAUGAGGCCAGAUCGGCUACCACGCCCUUGGGACGCGCUCGUAUCCAAUCUGGGCAUGAAUUGGGUCCCCCACCUAAACGUCAGGCCCCACAUCCGCCACGCCAAACGGUUGGCAGCCCACCACGACCUCAUUGGAGAGGGACGCGCCGAGAGGACCCAGGAGCCUUCAACUCGGAAGACGGAGAGGAACAGACGGUGCAAGAGGAGGAGGAGGAGGAAGCUGGAGGAUUUGCCAACUUCCUCGGAUUUAAAUUCCCGUCGUUGCCCAAGAUUUCGUUGCCGUUCUUUGGCGGCAGCGGGGACGACGAGGACGAGGAUGAAGUCGAAAAAGACUCGAAGCGAAGGACGGCCAAACGACCCUCAUCUGUACCCGUCUCGAGGACUGCCAAUCAUGGGCAGCCUUUGGUGUAUCCUUCCUCCUUCAAUACAGCCAACCGACCGGUGGAGCCUAUUGAGGAAUUGGACGGCCCAUUCCCGUAUGGGCCACGUGCAUUAAAUGCCAAAUCCCUGGAGAAGGUCCAGAAGCGGAAAAGACGAUCAAUCCUCACGCACCACUUGAGCACUCGCAGUGCCGAUGUGGGAGUGCGUUCCGGUUAUGAGGUGGUAUCUCAAGUUGACUUGGAUUUUACGCCCGAUGAAGAGAGGCCGGACGUUUCAGUUCUAAAGGGACGUAUUCAGUCCGAAGAAGUGAUUUACGGGGUGUGUCUGCCUGCUUUGGGGUUCUCCGCCUUAUUUGUGCUCCUCUCCUUGUUGACGGUGAUCUCGAUCCUCGUGUCCGGCUUUGUCUGCUACCGACGACAAGUCCAAAAAGUGACGGAAGAGAGUCCUCCACAACCCUUGGGCGCACCUAGCCGCGUGUUGAGCCAAUCCCAUUUGCUGUCGGCGCCUCCUUUAGCCACAGUGGCGGAUCCCAUGGUGGCUCAACAACAAAUGGGAUGGGGUUUCCAAACGUGGUUCAGGAAGACCCGCAUGAGUGGCAUUCCAGCCCCAAUGUACUAGAUAUCAAAAAAGACUCCAAGAAAUCUGUAUUAGGAACUCUUUUACCUUCUUUAUCAGUGAUAUAUACGAAUAACUACCGUAUUCUGUGGGGACCCUCUCGCUCUCUUCCCAAGGGUGGAACUCGAAAACGUCGUGUGACUUUGGAACAUUCUCUGGCAAGGACGAUCGCUAUUUUUUUCCAAGAAUGGAAGUGCAAUCAUGAUAUAUGUAGAAACUCACGAGAUACGAAGACCACUGAUGGCAAGGAAUCAUCAAUGAUCAAAACCAAUGCUAACAGUCUCCCACACGGAAUCUAACUCUGUUGCUUUAGCGUCCUUUUGGUGUAACAAUAAUGAAUAACAAGUAUGA